AACAAUAAAUUGGCAACAUUAUUCUGAAGAAGAAAUGGGAGAAAAUGUGGUUGGCGAUAGUAAAGAAUAACAAAAGUAAACAAACAAAUUUAUAAACAAUUGUAUAAAAUGUAUGCCGCAGCCGACGAAGAAUAUUUUUGUAAUAGUAGCAACAAUACUGAAAGUAUUUUACCAACAGUGGAACUGAUGGUUAACUUUCGUUUGGAUGGUGAACGUAUGAAGAAGCCUUGCAUUAUGUGUGCCGAGAAGAUUGCAUUCAAAGGACUGCUUCAAUUACGGUUGACGGAGAAAAGUGAUCAACGGCGCAUGUACAUUACAACGGUGGAUGGUUGUUCUUUCAAUGAAUUGAAACAAGAUCAGUCAUUGCAUGUAACAUUUGCUGGUUUCAUAGAGAAUCUGGCAAGAAUGCUUCAAGACUGUAGGUCGGGAAAGCUUGAGUUAGCAUUGGUACAAAAACAGUGCAACUCUGUAGAUGAAUCCGUUGGCUAUCAGUUGCAAUUUAUUGAAAUGCGUAGUUUUAAGAAUCUCAUCCAUUUAUGUCUACCUAGUCGUAUUGCCCCCUUGAAUGUUGUACUAUUCUAUAUGAGCAGCAGGUUUGAUGUCAUACAGAAACGAACUCAGUCACAAGAAAAUCAAAUACAAGCCUUGCAACAAGAAGUCGACAUGCAUUUGCGCACUAUUGACCAGUUAAAUGCAGAAAAUGGGAAGCUGAGGGAGAAUUUGGUAGAUAACUCAAGAAAUUUAAAUCAACGCCACACCGAAGAGUUGAAACAUUUGCAAGAAAAUUUGCGUAAAACAGCGGAACAGAAACACAUCGAAAAUGAACGUUGCCAAAAUAAAAUUACGGCAUUACAAUUGCAAAUAGAUAAGUUAAUUUCUGACAAAAAUAGUAUGCAAGCAGAAAAAAUUAAAGAGCAAAAACACAUUGAGAUUCUAAAGGAAGAAUUAUCUAGCGCUAAAUCACAGAGUUCAACGCUUAAAGAACAAAUUGAAAGGUUGCACGUAGAAAUAUCAUCUUUAAAGAAUACCGAGCGCAAAAACGAGAUGCAUUUAGUGGAUGCUCGAAAUCAUAUUUCGGAGCUUCAAGAAAAAAUUAAAAAAUAUGACAAAGCCAAGGCUGAUGUUGUCGCUGAACUUGAGGCGGAGAAGAAAAUUUCACAAGCAAAACGAAAAGCACUCGAAAUGGCCGCAGAAGAAAUAUCUAAGGCAAAUGAGAUCAUUUUAAAACAAACACAAGAAUUUAUAAAACUCAAAAAGACUGUUAGUUGGCGAACCGAGGUUGCACUUCAACAGGAGAAAGCAAUCGGAGAUAAAGAUAAACUACUGCAAUUGCGAGAAAAAGAGUUGUCGCAAGCACGGACCACUAUCGAAGCUUUGCGCGAAGAAAUACCACAGCAACUGGAUUCUAUGCGAAAAUUUGCUAAUACACUGGAACGAAAGUAUAGUGAACAAAUCAAUGCAUUGCGCGAUAAAUUAAGUUCAACUGGAAAAGAGAAUAUACCACAACAUGUAUCAACCACACCACUGACCUCUAGCCUUCGCAAAUGAUUGACUAUUGGUUAUUUCUAUUUGCAAUUUAAUACCCACCAUAAUUUUGUACAAGUUUUGUUAUUUAAUAAAAUUUUAUAUAAUAAAUAAAAAAACAAAAUUUA